AUCGCAACGCCCCACCACGCCGGUGGUCGUAGCCUACAGAGAAGACAUACAAACGCCCAUAUCCUUCGGAGCCCAUCGCCGAAAGCAAGCGCAUCAUGGACGACUUCAACAGCGACACGGAUAGCGACUACACAAGCUACUGGCGAGAUUGGUUCAUAUCCUCGCGAGGCAACGAAUACUUCUGCGAGAUUGACGAAGAAUACCUCACCGAUCGCUUCAACCUCACGGGUCUGAACACCGAAGUUCAGUACUAUCAAUAUGCACUCGAUCUUGUAACCGACGUCUUCGACUUCGACUGUGACGAUGAUAUGCGGGAACAGAUUGAGAAGUCGGCGCGGCAUUUGUACGGACUGGUACAUGCACGAUACAUUGUCACAACCAGGGGUCUAGCAAAGAUGCUCGAGAAGUUCAAGAAAUCCGACUUCGGCAAAUGCCCCCGCGUCAUGUGCGAAUCGCAACCCCUCCUUCCCAUGGGUCAAUCCGACGUCCCCAACGCCUCACCCGUAAAACUCUACUGCGCUCGCUGCGAGGACCUGUACAACCCCAAGUCCUCUCGUCAUGCCGUAAUUGACGGCGCCUACUUCGGCACCUCGUUCCACAACAUCCUCUUCCAAGUCUACCCCGCGAUGCUGCCGCCAAAGUCGCAACGGCGGUACGAGCCGCGCGUUUUCGGCUUCAAGGUACACUCUGCAGCAGCGCUGGCGCGAUGGCAAGCAGACAAGAAGGACGAGAUGAAAGACAGACUCAAGACACUGAAGAUGGAGACUGGAUUCGAAGGGGAGGAUGAGGAGGAAGACGACGAUGAGGAUGAUGAUGAUAUGGAAACUGCAGAAGUCGACGCUGCAGCUGCCCAGCUAUGACAAAUGGGCCUCUGACGGCCUUUUCACUAUUGUACAGAGCGGGAAAAACGACAAUAACAGGAAGCAGGAAUAGUAAGCAUGGAGGGUUAUGAGUAGUUCGAUAGCAUCCACAAGGAACUAGCAUGGGUUCGGCGAUAGGCGUCAUGGGUGGCUGGGUUAAAGCAGUAUCUGAUAUACCAAACGACGAUUAAGCAACGCAGAGUUUCACUUGCACAUGCUUGAAUUAGCAAAGUCUCACAUGUGCACCGACAUCACGAGUAGGCACAGGUAGCACGAUUCAUGAUUGCACUGUUGGCUUGUAUAAUGUAAGAGAGUGGGUAUCUAUCUCACACCCCAUCAGCCCAUUCCGUAAAUACCCAAGAAACUCAAGCAACGAUGUGACAAACCCAGGGGUAUAACAAGAAUGUAGUGACUGAAGAAGAUGCUGAACAAGAUAGAAUGAAGGAAGAA